CGUCGACUCGCAUUCGACCUCCCUCGAUAUCCCUAAGAUGGCGGAGAUUAAGGCGCGCACGCAUUGUCGCCCGCUACAACCACGCACAACAUUCGAAGUUUCGCGGAUUGUGCCUUACAGUUUAUAUAGUUUGUAAAUAAGCAAUACAAAAAAAUGAAACGUUUAACCGAAGAGAAAACGAAACUCGUCUUAGAAAAAUUAACAAAAUAUAUUGGGGAUAAUGUAAAAGUAUUGAUAGAUAGACCAGAUGGUAUUUAUUGCUUUCGAGAAAGGAAAGGCAGGGUCUAUUACGUAUCCGAGAAAAUUCUACCGUAUGCAAGUCAGGUUAACCCUGAUCGAUUAGCAAGCUUUGGAACAUGCUUCGGAAAGUUUACAAAGUCUGGAAAAUUUAGGCUACAUAUUACUGCAUUGUAUCAUCUAGCUCCAUAUGCACAACAUAAAAUCUGGCUCAAAUCAUCCGCUGAGCAACAAUUUUUAUACGGACAUAACAUUUCCAAGUCCGGUUUAAGUAGAAUAACAGACAAUACACCUCAAUAUCAAGGUGUUGUUAUAUUCUCAACAAAUGACAUACCAUUGGGUUUCGGUGUAACUGCAAAAAGUACAAUGGACUGCAAGUAUGCAGACCCAAUGGCGAUAGUGUGUUUCCAUCAAGCUGACAUAGGAGAGUACAUUCGAUCAGAAGAUUCUUUAAUUUAGUAACACUGUAAAUUAUACUGGUUAAGUUUUAGGAUACUAAAUACACGCUUAUAUAUUUUCAUUUUAAA